GGAGCUUGAGAUGCAGCAGAAGCAGCAUCCGCUCAGGAGCCGCGGGGCCUGCGAUAUUGUUGGUUGUUGGUUAUUGGCGAGUCUCCAGAUGUAGUUGAAGGAGCAUCACGUUACCCCCACUGGUCCACAUACCCCCCCACUGCAUGGCUUCACUUGCUGGUGUCCUACACCGUGUCUCCAUAGCCCCAGUCCUGCACACCCUCAUGCUGGGGUCUCAGGCCUCUCACAGACUGACCAAUGACUGCUUGGAUUGUUCUGCCUGUCAGCCUGUCCGCCUUCUCCAUCACGGGGAUAUGGAUUGUUUACGCCAUGGCAGUAAUGAACCACCAUGUCUGUCCUGUUGAGAACUGGUCAUACAAUUUGACAUGCACAGAGGAAACGGCUAAAAGGGGCUUCCCAAAGACCUGCUGUACUCUUCAAGACAUCCCCCUCAUCAGUAAAUGUGGUUGCUAUCCACCAGAGAGCUGCCUCUUCAGUUUGAUUGGCAAUGUUGGGGCUUUUAUGGUGGUUAUGGUGUGCAUGCUGCGUUAUGCCCAAGUGAUUGAACACAGCCAUCAUUGCUGGACCAACACAAGUGCUUUGGUGUCCGGCUGUGUUAAUGCCCUGGGUUUGGUCAUGGUGGGCAACUUUCAGGUUGAUCAUGCCAAGACGCUUCAUUAUGUGGGAGCGGGUGUAGCUUUCCCUGCCGGCUUGCUGUUUGUGUGUCUGCAGUGUGUUCUGACAUACCGUAUAGCGGAGACAGCACUGGACUACUGGAUGGCUCAUGUGCGUGUGGCUCUCUCAGGUGGAGCUCUGGUAUCGCUUGUCCUGAGUGGUAUCUUCUUCGUCCAUGAGAGUUUUAUAUUGCAGCAUGCCGCAGCCAUCUGUGAAUGGGUCUUCACGGUCUUGGUCCUGGUGUACUACGGCACCUUCACCUAUGAGUUUGGCACUGUCAACAGCGAUACCAUGAUGGCGGCCUUAAUGAAACGCAGUCAACAUCAUCAUCCAGGGUCAGCGGUCAUCAUGGGGGGUAUCGGGAAGGGUGUUGCAAUGGGAUGUGGUGCCCGCAGUCUCAAGUCACCCGGAGGCAGCAGCACUUCCACACACCUCAACUGUACUCCGGAAAGCAUCGCCAUGCUUUAGGGGUUAACCGCUACGUAUUCUCUCAGAUCUCAGCACAUAGACUCUUCAUCUGGCUCAUGGAACUGGUACAAGCAAUACAAAUUUACUUGUGAGGUUACAGUAGGUUUACAGACUUGCUGAUUUUGAUCAACGACCAGAAGGUAUUUUGCAUGAUAUUUUGCAUUCAUAACUCAAAGUACAAUCCUAAUAACCAGCACAGACAAUUCCUUCCCAUGAUUCAUGGGGCCUCUGAUAGAAAUGUUUUAAUUUUACUAUGCCAAAACUGCAAUAACCCAUCUCUAAAGGCACAUUCACACUGACAGUGAAUAAACUGUUAAGGGUCAACAAGUGGAUUGUUGGUUGCUAGGAUUUCUGCGUCAGGAAAUCCUAUAGAGUGCUGCAGGGAUUAUGUAUUAUGUAGGCCUGGAACUUGGAGUUAGCAUUUUAACACUUCCUGUUCAACCGUCCCAAAUCAGUAGGUUUUUGGUUAAAUGCCUGAAAUAAGAUACUGUAUGUGGUGAACAAGCUCAAGAUAUUUUCACAUUAUAUCUAACAACGUAAAAUACAUCAGUAAGAGUAUUAAUUUAUUUUUAAGUAUUACUUAUCUUGAAAAAGACAUUUGCUAACAAGUGGCUAACUAAAGAGGUUGUCAGGAAUAUUAAACGUUAUUUUGAUAAAUAGGAUCUCAUCUACUCACUUGUCCACUUUUACAGUUUUGUGUUUUUAAUAAUGCUCAAAUUAUUCUUACACAAACUUUCAGGGAAAAUGCUUUUUUUUUUUUUUAUAAAGUUAAGACUAAAAGAUUUGUUGGAAGCUUUACUUUCUUCUGAUUGCAUGUAGGCUUUCAAAUUUAUGAAAGUUUAAUUGAUUUUUUUUUAAAAAUAUUAUCAUGAUGAACAAAACGUUUAACGAUUAUAAACUUUUGUUGGUCACAGACAGUGUUACCAAGUCCACGGUUUUUCCCGCGGAAUUGCGCUACUUUAACACUGUUGCUGCUUCUCGUUUUUCAUGUCUGCUUUUUAAAGCAACCCCAGUAAUGAGAUAUUUAGCACCUGGAAUGCAAAUUUUACAACCUUAUUUUCAUAACAGAAAUGUAUCUGUGGGAACCUUUUCGCAAGACGCAAAAUACGUAGUGCCAUGUACGUUCCGUGGCGUAUUCAUGUGAGAUGUCUACUGAGCGAUGCUAAAAGAUUGUUUUUUCCCCUUCAGAAAAGAUGAAUGUACAUAUGGUAUGUUUUCUGUGACGUUCGUUUUGUACGUGUCACCGCAGUUCUAAAAACUGGACUUAAAAUGUCCAUAGGUGCUAUAACUCUACUGUUCCAUGGCGUUUUAAAAAUAACAUACCAUCUGCACUACACCUAAACCUGCCUGAUAGUAUGAACAAAAGCGAAUAUGGCAUAAAAACACAAUCGCAAGCAUAUAUGUCAUCAUAAUCUGAAAACUACGCCCACCAGGGGGAAGAGAAUCCAACACUCUCCAUUGACUUUGUAUUGCGGGAAGCUGCCUCCUUGUAAUUUCUGACAAAAAAAGAACAAUGUCUAAAAGCUGCUGUGUGACAAGGUGUACAGUAAACAAGCUAAAAAACCCAGAACUACGUUUUUAUAAGCUGUCGACCCAAAAAACAAGUGUUGAAGGACACAAAAGUAGAGUGCAACGUGUCAUAUUACGCUGAGAACUACACCCACUGGAGGGAAACUUAAUCGCGACAGGAAACAAUCAUUUUUAACCAUGUCAAAGGAUUAUUUCACCACCCUGUGAAUCUGAGAGGAGGAGAUAUACUGAGAAACUAAAUUUUAUUGGUUUAUGUGCUUCUUUUCCUUACCUUCCUUUUGCUGGAGAAAUUAUCCCACUGAAUGUCUCAACGUGAAAUAUUACUAUUUGUGUCCUUAAAUGCUUGUUUUUUGGGUGGACCGCUUAUAAAAACGUAGUUGUAGACAUUGUCCUGUUUUUUUUGUUAGAAGUCAGAAAUGACAAGGAGACAAAGUCAAUGGAGAGCGUUGGAUUGUUUCCCCCCAACUGUGGGCGUGGCCUAAAAGCGCUCUGUCUCUAAGCAGUUUUAGCUUGUUUUUCAUUUUGAGUCAUAUUUUUCACAGGAUUUGAACUGAAGGAUUAUGCAUCCUAAAACCAGUUCCGUGCUGGCUGAGCUACUAAGCAAGCUUUCAACAGCUGGUCUUGUGUUCGUUUUUGACCCCCUGCCAAAUUAUUUCUACAUGAAAUUUCUACAUGAUUGCCUAAUCCCAACUCCACACCUAACCCUAAACCUACCAACACUAGGCGGGUAGUAACCUGGCGGGGGUCAGAAUUCUGCACAACACCGGAAAGCUAAACAUACGGAGCUGUAAUCAUAACUGUGUACGGAAACGAUUCAUUUCUGUUAGAAACUGCAGUAAUAUGUACUUAUUGGUACGUAUUUAGCGUCUUGCGAAAAAGUUCCCACAGUUAAGUUUUUGUCAUGAGAUCAGGUAGGAGUUUUACCAGUGGAACCCUGGUGUAUUUUACCCCCUGGAACAUGAUUGAGCUAGUUUUGAGUAGCAGUUAGGUAGGUUAAGGUGUGAAAACUUGGCAACCCUCGUCACAGAGCUUAUUUUCUGCAGUAAUCCAAAAGCCAUUGAGAAAAAAUCCUGUUGGGUUUUUGUCGAAGAAAACCAGGGUGAUGCUAACUUCUGGGCUGGCCUACUCAAAUAUGUCAUCACUGCAUUUCUAUAUUGGUAGUCGGUGCAUUGUGUCUCUGCUCAAAUAUAUGCAGUUAUGAAAACUGAAAGUGAUUUGUUGCAACUCUCACUGUCACUCAUGUUGCCCUAAAUCACCAACUCCCAUAGAAAAUCAGUGACCUAGGUCACUUCGUCAGUGUGAAUCUGUUACAGAACUGCCAGCAAUACCAAGACACUCGUCUAGACAAAGAAGAUAAUUGGCUAAACCCAUCCAACCUUCCGUAACCUGUUUAAUCUGUAGAAACUGUGAUUACACAACAGGUCAAGCCAUCACUGUAGCAAUGAAGAUGUUAAGUCGGUUGCACCAGCCAUUGCUGCCAUUAGUUGGGUUGCAAUGAGGUUGAGGUUUAGUCACUCUACUUUAGUCAAACAGCGAUACUUUUUAUUCAUACCUGAGAUGCAGGUGAUCCAUAUUUAUGUAUUCAUUCCAGGUGCUCACAGAUUAGUUUGAUUUGUGGCACUGUAUUGGCAUGACAUCUGGUGCUGUGGGCUGUCUGUCCUACAGCUCUAGAUACAUUGUGACUGUAUUGAAUAAGAGCAUCUCUGUGCAACCUUUUGAACAUGUUGGUGCUGUUGCCAAGUUUUUUCCUCACUUAAUCUGAAAACUGCCUGUAUUGAUCAGUUGCAUCCCAGGUAUCUUGCGAAUGAAUUCCUAAUAUUUCAGGUUCACAAGAAGCAGGAUUUUGUGUCCAUUAUUGUAUUUUAUUUUAAGCACCGUUGUUUUUCAUUCAUUUUUCACAUUUAGAAAUAUAAGAUGAUAUUAAUCAGACUUUUUCGAGAGACUUUUUAAUGGUGCUCUUGAUCCCUGUCAUACAAACUAUGAUUAAUUGAAAAAGCAAGUAAGCUGUCUGUACUUGAGUUUCUUAUUUUCAUUAGCUCAUAUUGUACCCAUGAGCACGGGGAAAAAUGAUUCUAGGUGGGUAUAGAUUCACAUUAUUGAAACAUUUGUAUCUAAACCUACAGAUCCGCUAAAGGAGCAUGGUGAGGGGGAAAAAAUUAUAUUUCAAUGGUUUAUAUUUUCAAAAUUCUUGCUUUCCCCCAAGAAACUUGUGAUGGAAAUAAUAUGAGAUGGGGGGAAAACUAUAUUUUGCAAGCAAAACUAUAUUUUUCCUCCUAUCCUGUAUUUUUUCCCCCACCUUAGGGGGUUGCAUAGAAGCCCUCUAUAAGUUCUGGACUUGAUAAAUAUAUCUGCACAGUCAACAGGAAAAGCUUUUCCAGGCAGGCUCAUAUAUAUCUGCAUUUGACAUGAAUGUUUAGAUGGUGAAGCAAACAACUUGUAGUCACACUAAGGUCUUACUUUUAGGUGGAGUUGGAGAAAGUUUUGUAUUAACAAAGACUUUUUUUUUUUUUCCCCAACGUCCUUAGUUCCUGCCAUUUCAUUAAGAGAAAAUUAACCAGUCUUAACCAGUUUUUUUUAGUGUAUUGUUUUAAAACUUAUACUAUUUAUGGUAUGCAUUUGUUACGCAGAGCUGCUUGUAAAUGAAUGCCUUUAGCUGAGCAUAAUAUUGCAUAGAAUAUGAGUACUGCGAUGAGACUGGGGUCUAGUCAAUAAUUUUUAAACGAAGAAAGCUUCCUUAUCAGCAUCACACCUUUGUUAUAACCUCAGUUCCUUCACAUGUCAUUUUGAAAUAUAUAGAACACUCGAAAGAAAUUCUCAUAUAUUGGAAAUGAUGUCGUGCACUAAAGGAGAAACCUGAGUAUUUUUUUAUGUGUUUAGUGGACCCGAAAUGUGAAAUCCUCCAUAAUAAGCUGUAUUUUGACUACACAGUAUUUUAGUUUUUAGAUAUUGCUCAUUUGAAAGCAAUAUAUUGAGAGUUAUUAUAGAAACCAAUGAGAGUUGGUUAUGUGUUGUAUCUGUUUGUUUAUAAUUUAUUCUUUGUAAUGCCAGACAAUGAAACCAUGCAAUAUUCAACUUUUAUUCACGUACUUGCAAACAAGUAUACCUCUAUGAAAAUCCUACUGUGGUGAGAUGUUCAGAGUUUCCUAAAGGAGCUGCUAAGACGUAUGUUACUCAAGCUAUUUAUGUUGUUUCUGUUUUGUGUGAAAGGCCAAAAUCAAACAUCUGCAGAUGUCCUGAUGUCUCAUCAAGCUGUCAAAUCAAUGCUAAGUUCCCUACGAUUAUUCAUAUGCAUCCGAUGAGACCAUCAUUGCCGCUGUUUGAAUAAGGCCCUGAUCACCUGUUAGGCUACAAUAAUUUAGUUACUUUUUGUUAAAUGGAAAGUUCAUGAAUUGAUACCUGUCAAAAAGAGAAAGAAUUUGGAAAAACGGUUUUGUUCAGCAGACAGAUUGUCUGAUAAACUUGUGAAAUGGAAACUGAAAUCCAUUUAUCGGCUUGUUACAGUUCAUAAUGCAACUUUCUGUUGAAUUAUGAUGAGCCAUUCUGCACGUUUCCUUAUCUUUCACAAGGGUUUUGUUUUGUGAAAUAAAAUGUACCUUAAUUUGA